AGGAGGAGGCAGUCAAAGAUGUUUUAACGCCCUGAGCAUGGACACUUCCUCUCAUGCCCUCUCUCUGUCAGAUGCCUAAGAACCUGGGUGGUGGUUCUGUUCUUGUUUCCUCUUGAUGGACCAAAAAAAGGAUUUAACUCACCGUGUCAUUUAUCUGGAUUCCAUGACCUUUGUUUUCAGAGGUCAGGAGAUCUAACUGAUUGUAGACGAUUUCUGGAAGAAUACUUUCACCAUUUUGUUUGUAAAGAAAGUUUCUUAUCGCCAUUUCAGGGAUCAGGAGCGGCUCUUUCCGUAUUCUUGUGAGGAGAGGGUUUUCUUUUUUUAAAUCAUUUUCAGGCAGGCGGAGAAUUUGUUUUGAAAAUGGCAGCACCUGGCAACAUGUAUCCCAAUGUGUUUAUGGUGGACACUCAUACAGCCUAUCCCCCGCCACUGCCACCCAAGCCGAUCCGCUAUCGCAAGAGGAGUGUGGUUCAACCUAUGCUUCUUGCGCUGGUGGCUUUGGCCCUCUGUGGCAUGGUAGUGGAGGCCUGCUUCAUCUAUAGGCUGUACUCCAAACACCCCCAGAGCGAAGACACACAAGACACACAACAGGCAUCACGUCAAGAUAAACCAAUACCAAAACCACAACCAAACCCAGUUGUAUUACCUUCAAAACCUCUGGCACAUAUGGCUGGUGGUCAGAGACAUGCUGCUGAUGGACUCAUGCUUUGGAAUAUUGAAGGUGAGACCAUCUUACAUGAAAUGGAAUACAAAGAUGGCGUCCUCACUAUUCAGCAGGAGGGGUACUACUUUGUUUACUCCAAGAUCUACUUUGUGGAGACUCAUAAGACUGCACAUUUGCAUUCUGUGGUUAGGACCACCACCCGUUACUCUGGGGAGAUGGUGCUUCUGAUGUCGAGGGAAUACCGAUCCAAUCCAGCCAAAAAUGUUAGAACAAAUAGUUACUUAGGAGGCAUGUUCCACUUCUUCAAAAAUGAUACUAUAUUUGUAAGGGUAAACAAUACCCAGGUCAUACUAUCAACCCCAGCAGAGAACUACUUUGGUGCCUAUAUGGUGUAGACAAAGUGGCAUAAACAGUUGGCUUGGUGCCUAUAUGGUGUAGACAAAGUGGCUUAAACAGUUGGCUUGUUUGCAUCAGUUUACUUUGUAUGUAUGUUUGCACUCCAAUGGUUGUCUUUUACAUAAACAUCACAGCGCAUCUUAUUUGCUAUUCCAAUAACUGCCUAUAAAAAAUGCUACCAAAGACAUGCUACCUGAGAUGGGGAAAUUGACAAUUAAUUUAUUUGGCAUUUGAGUUUCAAACGGAGUUUCUUGGACUUAAUGGCUGUUUUGCAUCCUAUUUAUGGUUAGUUUGCAGUAGCUUUUAAUCUCUCCAUUUAUUACAAUGUUCUUUUACUUGUGCAAAUGUUCUUACAUGUGAUCAUAAAUAUACCUGGAAAAACGUAAAUAUACUCUGGUAUUUGAAUGUAUAUUUUUUAUCUGUAAAGAGUAAUGUUGCACUCCAUGCUGUGUUUGAGGAUGGUUUGAGCACUUUAGGAUUUCUGAUUGUUUCUAUGUUAGAGCGAUCAUACAGAUUUCAGACUUGCACUUUGAUUAUGUAAAUAAUAAAGUACAUAUAGGCUCA